AUGGCGUUGACCGCUCAAGUACACUUCUUGGAUGGCACCUUGAGUCUCAUCCACAUCCCCUUGAGCCUCUACCCUACCUUACUCCAGCCCAUACUCCGACUCCUCCUUCCACAAAGCCGUGGCUCACCACCCGAUCUGAACCUUGACAGCCUCACCCUGGACAGCAGUCAACAUGGCUUCCUCAACAUCAGCGUCACCCCUCUCGAGUGCUCCAUAGUCUGCCACUCCUCCUGGGCCAAAACAAUCUUUGAACCAGCCAUCAAGCAACUACCCCACGACGCGGCCAAAACAGUCAUCAUCUCCAAAGAUGACUACGUCGUCUUCUCCGUCAUCAGCGUCGGGAUGGACGCCGGGUCUCGAGUAGCGGAUCUCACCUCCCCCUUGGCCCUAGCCAACAUCCCCCUCUUUUUCAUCACGACCUAUUACUCUGACUUCAUCCUCGUCCCAGUCAAAGACAGGCAGGCGGUCGAGAAGACGUUGCUAUCACGGGGGUUUGUCUUUUCGGAAGACAAUGAUGACAACUUCCCUUUUACAUCCCCUUACAGCACCAACCACGGCAGGGGGGCGAGUCAAGGCAGCAGCUUGAACGAACUCCCCACCACGGCCCGACAACAACCACCACCACCGUCCGCGAUCCCGGAGCUCCAAGAGAGGACGUUUGACAAUCUCAAAAAGAGGAACGUGGUCCCUUAUGUCGAGCAGGGUCUGCUGCUGGUGCAGUGCUCGGGCAGGCAGGAGAAUAACAUGAUAGGGGGUUACUCGGAACGGCCGUCUACCUUUCAGACUAACGGGCAUGGGAGCCGCAACCGGCAUUCUGCGCACAAGCCGUGCUGGGCCGAUACGGUUGAUACUAAGCUUUAUACUGGACUGGUGUCGGCUUUGGUGUCCCAGCCGAGGUUUUUCAGUAUCACACUGGCGCAGGACGAUCCGCCUUCGUUGCUGCUGGAUAGGGAGUUGGUGGGGAUUUUUGGGGAUAGUCUUGUUGGGGCGACGACGGAGGGGGGGGUUUCGCUUGUGCCGAUUUUUCUGGACUUGAGCAGUCUGCCUAUCGAGGCGACGGGGAUUGUGAGCGGGGUGGCGGGGACGUUGGUGAAGGAGCUGAAGGAGCAGUACGGGGUGGUGGCGGAGGAGGAGGAUGGGGGUGGUGGGAGGAGGGGGAGGGGGAGUGCGCAGGAGGAGGAGCUGGAGUUGAGUUUUUUGAGCACGGUGAGGGCGGGGGCGGUGAUUUUGGGGGAGGAGGUUAGUAUUAGGGCGAUGGAGGCUUUGAGGAGGGUUCUGGUGAGGGAGGGGAAGUGA